AUGCCCACACUGAACGUCAGUGAGCUGAAUCUAGUGAUCUCUGUUCUGGUCGCCUUCAUUAUUCUCUUUGCGUUGAUCUCGGUGAAGGUGAAAACGCAGUGGUAUCUUGGUGAAGCGUUACCGGCUGUGGUCGUUGGCAUCAUUCUGGGCCCAUAUGCGGCGAAAUUCCUCGAGGCUACCGAAUUGGGCUCCGCAGUCCAGGGCCAACAGGAUGCGAUUACCUUAGGACUGUGUCGCGUGGUGAUCGGUGUUCAGUUGGUGAUCGUGGGGUUCCAGCUCCCAGCCAAGUAUCAGCUUCAUCGCUGGAAGGAGAUACUGCUAUAUCUGAUCCCUAACAUAACUCUCAUGUGGCUCUGUACCUCCGGCUGCGUUCUGUUAGCGAUCCCCAAGCUUAACUUUCUCUCUGCACUUGUAAUAGGCUCCUGCGUCACUUCAACCAACCCAAUCCUCUCCCAGGCUAUUGCCAAAGGCCCUUUCGCCGACCGAUACGUCGCCCGCGAUAUGCGCGAAAUCAUAUCUUCUGAAGCCGGUGCCAACGAUGGAUUUGGAUUUCCCUUCCUGAUGUUAGCGACCUACCUGUUACGGUACACACAGGGGGGUCCGGAUCAGGACCACUGGGCCCAUGCUCAUGUCGCGCGCUCAGGCGAUAUAGACGGCGAAUGCUACAUGCUAUUCCCGGCUGCGUUAAGAUUGUUCCUCCUUGGAACCUGCGGUUGCAUUGGAACUAACGAUCUGCUCGCCUGUUUCUCCGCCGGCAGUGCCCUAAACUGGGAUAGGGGCUAUCUGGCGGAGGCUGAAGCCUGUCAUGAUGAAGUUAAUUCAUGUAUUGAUAGUCUCCUUAACUUUGGGGGAUUCAUGUAUAUUGGAGCUGUUAUUCCCAUUAUCAUUCUUCUCUUCCAGCAUAUACCCAGCACGCUUGCUCUAUACAAGUUUAUGCCCAAGGUCUACAAGAACUGGAAGGAGGCCUUGUUCAUGGGCUACUUUGGACCCAUCAGAAUUGGCGCUGUGUUCUACGCCGAGCAUGCCGCUCACCUGUUCCCUGUUAUCGGGGGGGGGCAGUUCCAUCGAGGCCCGCUUGAUGCGCGCCCUCAAACCAAGUAA